UGGCUACCCAGACUCCUCUGAAACAAAAGAUUAGAGAAGGAUCCUCAUCCAGCAGCAGGACACAGCCGAGUCCACCUUGCCUGUUCCUGCCCAGGAAAAGCCAGGAGGAAGAGGCCACCAAACAACCGAGUUCUCUCCCCAGUCCCUUGAUCUACUCAUCGCCAGCAUCUGGAGACCCAAUGGACCAAGCUCACUGGUGCUGCUACCACUGGCUUGUUCUCCUCUGUGCAUGUGCCUGGAGUUACCCACAACCUGGGUACCUUGGAAGAGAAGAUGUGAGAAACUGUUCAACCAACCCUCCGCACCUGCCAGUUACUGCAGUCAAUACAACAAUACAGCUUGCAGCCCUCCGCCAGCAGAUGAAGGCCUGGAAUCUUUCUGCCUACAUCAUCCCAGACACAGAUGCACACAUGAGUGAGUACAUUGGCAAACAUGAUGAGAGGCGAGCAUGGAUCUCAGGCUUCACAGGCUCUGCAGGUACUGCGGUGGUGACCAUGGCGAAAGCAGCUGUCUGGACUGAUAGUCGAUACUGGACUCAGGCUGAGAGGCAGAUGGACUGCAACUGGGAACUCCAUAAGGAAGUUAGCAUUUCGUCCAUUGUCACCUGGAUCCUUGCUGAAGUCCCUGCUGGAGGUCAUGUGGGCUUCGACCCCUUCCUUUUCUCUGUUGAUUCCUGGGAGGAUUAUAAUCUGCAAUUACAAGACUCCAACAGACAACUGGUAUCCAUCACAACCAACCUUGUGGACCUGGCAUGGGGGUCGGAGAGGCCCCCAGUGCCAAGCCAACCCAUUUAUGCCCUGCCGGAAGAAUUUACAGGGAGCACUUGGCAAGAAAAAGUAUCCACCAUCCGAAGCUAUAUGAAGAACCAUACCAUGGCUCCAACUGGUCUCCUUCUAUCAGCACUUGAUGAGACAGCCUGGCUCUUCAACCUUCGCAGUAGUGACAUCCCCUAUAACCCUUUCUUCUACUCCUACACACUGCUCACGGACUCGUCUAUCAGGUUGUUUGUCAACAAGAGUCGCUUUAGCCUCGAGACCCUGCAGUACCUGAAUACAAUGUGCACAUCAUCCAUGUGUGUGCAGCUCGAGGACUACAGUCAAAUUCGUGACAGUGUGAAGGCCUAUGCCUCAGGCAAUGUAACGAUCUUGAUUGGGCUCAGAUAUACCACCUAUGGGCUCUACGAAGUGAUACCCAAAGAGAAAUUGGUGACACAGGCCUACUCCCCAGUAAUGCUACUGAAGGCUGUGAAGAACAGCAGGGAACAGGCCCUCCUGAAGGCCAGCCAUGUGCGAGAUGCUGUGGUUGUGAUCCAGUACUUGGUCUGGCUGGAGAAGAACGUGCCCAAAGGCACGGUAGAUGAGUUUUCUGGGGCAAAACACAUUGAUGAGUUGCGACGGAAUGAAAACUUUUCCUCUGGACCCAGUUUUGAAACCAUCUCUGCUAGUGGCCUGAAUGCUGCACUGGCUCAUUACAGCCCGACCAAGGAUCUACACCGCAAGCUGUCCUCAGAUGAGAUGUACCUGGUGGAUUCUGGAGGGCAGUACUGGGAUGGAACCACAGAUAUCACCAGAACAGUGCAUUGGGGCACCCCUACUGCCUUCCAAAAGGAGGCGUACACACGUGUGCUAAUGGGAAACAUCGAUCUGUCCAGACUCAUCUUUCCUGCUUCGACAUCAGGAAGAAUGGUGGAAGCUUUUGCUCGAAGAGCCUUGUGGGAAGUUGGACUCAAUUAUGGUCAUGGGACAGGCCAUGGCAUUGGCAAUUUCUUCUGUGUGCAUGAGUGGCCAGUGGGAUUCCAGUCUAACAACAUUGCCAUGGCCAAGGGCAUGUUCACUUCCAUUGAACCCGGAUACUACCAGGAUGGGGAAUUUGGAGUCCGUCUUGAAGAUAUAGCCCUUGUGGUAGAAGCAAAGACCAAGCACCCAGGGACCUACCUGACUUUUGAAGUGGUGUCGUUUGUGCCCUAUGACCGAAACCUCAUCGAUGUCAGCCUGCUUUCCCCAGAGCAGCUCCAGUACCUGAAUCACUACUACCAGACCAUUCGUGAGAAAGUUGGUCCAGAACUGCAGCGCCGCCAGCUGCUGGAGGAGUUCGAAUGGCUGGAACAGCAUACAAAACCCCUGUCAGCCAUGGCCCCUAUUACCACCUCCUUGACCUCUAUGUGGGUAGCCUUCCCUCUGGCCAUCCUCAGCUGGACUAGCUAGAGGCCCCCAAUUCUGCUGACUGUUCACUUCGGUUUGGGAUUCAUUCUUUCUUGCUUAGCUCUCCUCCCUCUGUACCAUACAUGUCCCAAGAGUCCCUGCUGGUCCAUCACCAUGGAGUUACUAUCAUAAGCCUCCUCCAGAGCCAGACCCCAGGCAGCACAUUCUACCUUCUCCCAGUUGUGCAUGCCUCAUCAUGGACAGACACCCUCUCCUGGGCCCUGGGAUGCAGAGCCACGUGAGUCCCUGUCUCCCAAAGUAAAGGAUCCUGUAGGCUAAUGCUCCUAUUCAUAAGGCUCCAUAACCCAGAGGGCCCAUCCUAUGUCCACCUGCAGGAGAGGGCCAGAGCUGUUCCUACCCACACUGACUCCAGACAUUUUAGGGUUGCCUCUGGCCACCCUUAUUUACCCUCAGCCACACAGUGGCUUCCUGGCUAUAGACUGUAGAGUUGAAAAAAUAUGGGAGACUCAAGC